AUGUAUGGUUACAAUGCUCAGCAGGCCUACGGCAGCCUUCCUGGCCCAUUGAAGAAGAACGAACCGAAGGUUACACUCCCCUUCCAGGCUGUCUUUUUGAGCUGGCUCAUCCCGACCGCAGUCUUUGCCGUGGUGUCAGGAGCAGCGUCAUCAAGCUUAGUGACCUACUACCCUUUCCUGAUCUACGGCAUCUUGGCUGUGGUGACAGCUGGCUCCUUGCUGACACUGCACAUUGUCCUGAUUGUGCUGAGAAGGUACUUCUCUGGAAAGUCGAAGGUCUUCCCAUUCUGGUAUGCUUUUCUAGGGGUUGCACUGACCAGCGCAGUGGUCGCUUCACUUUUGUUUGCUCACAUGAACUACAUGAAGAAUGAGAUAGCGUCGGACACCUUAAAAAGGCUUGCCACGGCAACCAAUGUAGAUCCAGCAGUGGACUCAACCUCCAGAUACUUAGACGUUGGGAGAGUGGUCUUCGCACCUGGGACGGGCUUAGAUGUCGCAAAGUCCAUAGGUUUCAAGAACAAGGAUGUGUACUGCGUGGCCCCAAUUGUGAACCCGAAUGCCUCCAAGGCUCCUGCCAGUUAUGACUACUGGGCAGUUGGAUUGAACUGUUGUGAUGCGGAUGGCUUCAGAUGCGGCGAGUACCUGAAGCCAAAUGCGCGUAGUGGUGUGCGGCUGAUGAACGAGGAGCAGCGAGAGUUUUACAUGCUAGCAGUGCAUGAGGCUGAGGCAACCUUCGGUAUCAAGUCUUCAAUGCCACUCUUCUUCUUUUGGGUUGAGGAUGCUGCAGCGUUGCAGAGAUCCUGGGAGGUCAAGACCUUUCAAUAUUGGGCUUUGGCUACUCUCACCUUCGCAGCCUUCCUCUUUGCUGCUACUGUGGCGGGGGUCGCGUUCUUUGAGGCGUUCUUGGCAACCUGGUAG